CGGCGGAGGAGGGCUCAGCCCGAGGAAGGGAGGCGAGAGCGCGGCUGCACAAGAUGGCGGCUCCCAGGGCUGGCUUGUGAGGCGGAGUCGCCGGCCGGGCCAUUGGGGCCUCAGAGCCGAGGCGGACGCGCUCUCAGGGGGCCGAGGCUGUUGCUGCCGCCGUCGCUGCUGCUGUUGCUGCCGCCCCUAUUUACCGAGGGCGUCGCGAGUGCUGAGAGAACGGGGAGUCGGGCUUGAGUACGGGGGGGGUGAGUAACAUGGCAGCCUCCAUAGAGGCGGCCGUUGCUGUGUGAGCGGUUUCGCUGGCGCCCCGAGCUCCGCGGCGCCCACCGGACUGAGACUGCUAACUUUUCCACCGCCUCGGCCCGACUCGAGCACCCCUACCCUUCCCCUCCGGUGUGCCUGCCCCUGCCCCGGGCCAUGGCUUCGGGCCUGCAGCCCGCGGCGGUCUCCGCCUCAGCCGCCUCCGCCGCCUCCUCCUCUGCAGCCGCCGCCGCUACCGCAGCCGCCGGCAGUUCAGUGGCUCAGCUCCUGCAGCCGCGCUGGAAACGUGUGGUAGGCUGGUCGGGACCGGUACCGCGACCCCGCCACGGCCACCGCGCCGUGGCCAUCAAGGAGCUCAUCGUGGUGUUUGGUGGUGGCAACGAGGGGAUCGUGGACGAGUUGCACGUGUAUAACACUGCAACCAACCAAUGGUUCAUCCCCGCGGUUCGAGGGGACAUCCCUCCUGGCUGCGCAGCCUAUGGCUUUGUUUGUGAUGGGACUCGCCUGCUGGUGUUUGGUGGGAUGGUGGAGUAUGGGAAGUACAGCAAUGACCUCUACGAGCUGCAGGCAAGCAGGUGGGAGUGGAAAAGGCUUAAAGCAAAAGCCCCCAAAAAUGGGCCUCCUCCGUGCCCUCGCCUUGGGCACAGCUUUUCUCUCGUGGGCAACAAAUGCUACCUGUUUGGGGGUUUGGCUAACGACAGUGAGGAUCCCAAGAACAACAUUCCGAGGUACUUGAAUGAUCUGUACAUCCUGGAGUUACGACCAGGCUCUGGCGUAGUAGCCUGGGACAUCCCAAUCACUUAUGGGGUCCUGCCACCCCCCAGGGAGUCCCAUACGGCUGUAGUCUAUACAGAAAAGGACAACAAGAAAUCCAAGCUGGUUAUCUAUGGGGGAAUGAGUGGCUGCAGGCUUGGGGACCUCUGGACCUUAGAUAUCGAGACCCUGACCUGGAAUAAACCUACUCUCAGUGGGGUGGCUCCUCUUCCUCGAAGUCUUCACUCUGCCACCACCAUAGGAAACAAAAUGUAUGUGUUUGGUGGCUGGGUUCCUCUUGUUAUGGAUGACGUCAAAGUGGCCACACAUGAGAAGGAGUGGAAGUGCACCAACACACUGGCCUGUCUCAACUUAGACACCAUGGCAUGGGAGGCUAUUCUGAUGGACACACUGGAGGACAACAUCCCCCGGGCUCGGGCUGGGCAUUGUGCUGUGGCCAUUAACACCCGACUCUAUAUCUGGAGUGGGCGAGAUGGUUACCGAAAGGCGUGGAAUAACCAAGUCUGCUGUAAGGACCUCUGGUACCUAGAGACAGAAAAGCCUCCUGCCCCAUCCCGGGUGCAGCUGGUCCGAGCCAAUACCAACUCCCUGGAGGUGAGCUGGGGAGCAGUGCCAACAGCUGACAGCUAUCUCCUGCAGCUCCAGAAGUAUGACAUUCCUGCUGCUGCUGCUGCUGCCACCUCACCUGCAGCCAACCCAGUUCCAUCUGUGCCUAUCAAUCCCCCCAAGAGCCCUGCCCCAGCUGCAGCAGCCCCUGCCGUGCAGCCACUGGCCCAGGUUGGCAUUACACUGCUCCCACAGGCAGCUGCAACCCCCCCAACCACCACCACCACCAUCCAGGUCUUGCCGACAGUGCCUGGCAGCCCCAUCCCUGUGCCCACCACAGGUCGGACUCAAGGUGUCCCUGCUGUUCUCAAAGUGACCGGCCCUCAAGCUACAUCAGGAACUCCCCUGGUCACUGUUCGACCAGCCAGCCAACCUGGAAAAGCUCCAGUUACUGUGACUUCGCUGCCUGCUGGUGUCCGAAUGGUUGUGCCGACACAAAGUGCCCAGGGGACAGUGAUUGGCAGCAACCCUCAGAUGAGUGGAAUGGCAGCCCUGGCUGCAGCAGCUGCAGCCACCCAGAAGAUCCCUCCUUCCUCAGCUCCCACAGUACUGAGUGUCCCUGCAGGGACCACCAUUGUUAAAACAGUAGCAGUGUCUCCUGGCACCACCACACUUCCAGCCACAGUGAAAGUGGCCUCCUCGCCAGUCAUGGUGAGCAACCCAGCCACCCGGAUGCUAAAGACAGCAGCAGCCCAAGUGGGCACAUCAGUGUCCUCAGCUGCUAACACUCCCACCCGCCCUAUCAUCACAGUCCACAAGUCAGGCACUGUGACUGUGGCCCAGCAAGCCCAGGUGGUGACCACCGUGGUUGGUGGGGUCACCAAAACCAUCACUCUGGUGAAGAGCCCCAUCUCUGUCCCAGGGGGCAGUGCACUGAUUUCUAAUCUGGGCAAAGUGAUGUCAGUUGUUCAGACCAAACCGGUUCAGACCUCAGCAGUCACAGGCCAGGCUUCUACUGGCCCUGUGACUCAGAUCAUCCAGACCAAAGGACCCCUGCCAGCGGGUACCAUUCUGAAGCUGGUAACGUCAGCAGAUGGCAAACCUACCACCAUCAUCACCACCACCCAGGCCAGCGGGACUGGAACCAAACCCACCAUCUUGGGCAUCAGCAGUGUCUCCCCUAAUACCACCAAACCGGGCACCACCACCAUCAUCAAAACCAUCCCCAUGUCGGCUAUCAUCACCCAGUCCGGAGCGACGGGUGUAACUAGCAGCCCUGGCAUCAAAUCUCCCAUCACCAUCAUUACCACAAAGGUCAUGACAUCAGGCACAGGCACACCUGCCAAAAUCAUUACUGCUGUCCCCAAAAUCGCUACUGGACAUGGGCAGCAGGGCGUAACCCAGGUGGUGCUGAAGGGAGCCCCUGGACAGCCAGGCACCAUCCUUCGGACAGUUCCCAUGGGUGGGGUGCGGCUCGUCACCCCAGUCACAGUAUCAGCUGUCAAGCCGACUGUCACCACUCUGGUGGUGAAGGGCACCACAGGAGUCACAACCCUUGGCACUGUGACCGGAACAGUGUCCACCAGCCUCGCUGGAGCAGGCGGGCAUAACACCAAUGCCUCCCUAGCCACUCCAAUCACCACCCUGGGGACCAUUGCCACCCUUUCAAGCCAGGUGAUCAAUCCUACAGCCAUUACUGUGUCAGCUGCCCAGACCACUCUGACAGCGGCAGGAGGGCUCACCACCCCCACCAUUACCAUGCAGCCUGUCUCUCAGCCCACUCAAGUGACGUUGAUUACCACACCCAGUGGAGUAGAGGCCCAGCCAGUACAUGACCUCCCUGUCUCCAUCUUGGCCUCACCUACAACAGAGCAGCCCACAGCCACAGUUACAAUCGCUGAAUCAGGCCAGGGCGAUGUGCAGCCCGGCACUGUGACACUAGUGUGCUCCAACCCCCCCUGCGAGACCCAUGAGACGGGCACUACUAAUACAGCCACUACAACCGUAGUAGCAAAUCUCGGGGGUCUCCAGCAGCCAACCCAGGUCCAAUUUGUUUGUGACAGGCAGGAGGCAGGUGCCUCAUUGGUUUCUUCAGCAAUGGGACCGCAGAACGGCAGCGUGGUGCGGGUCUGUUCAAACCCCCCCUGUGAGAUCCAUGAGACAGGCACCACCAACACUCCCACUGUGGUCAGUGCCAACCUAACAGUCCCCACACUGCUAGGGGCAGGGCAGAUUGUGUGCUCCAACCCCCCUUGUGAGACCCAUGAGACAGGGACCACCAACACGGCCACUUCUAGUAUGGCUGGGCAGCACAUGUACUCCAACCCCCCAGGCCAGCCCCAGGAAACAGGUCCCGCCAACAUAGCUGCAUCGAACAUGGCUGGGCAGCAAGUAUGCUCAAACCCCCCCUGUGAGACCCAUGAGACGGGUACCACCAACACAGCCACUACCGCCACAUCCAACAUGACUGGGCAGCGUGUGUGUUCAAAUCCCCCGUGUGAGACCCAUGAGACAGGAACCACCAGCACUGCCACCACUGCCAUGUCCAACAUGGGCUCAGGGCAGCCAGCAACUGCCAGCCAGCAGCGUGAGACACAUCACACUCACACAACCAACACCCCCAUCACAGCCCGAUCCAAUAUGGGCACUGGGGAGCCUGAGGGAGCGCAGGUUCCCACCCAGGCCCCGUGCCAAACCCAUCAGACCAGCGCAACCAGCACCACCAUGACUGUGAAAGCUACAGAGGCACCAUGUCCAGCUGCUCCCCAGGUUUGCCCCAGUCUAGCCUGUGAGCCUGGUACCACCACCACAGGUUCUAUGGGGCCACCAACUCAGAGCAGCUCAGCUAGUGGGGGUGGUACCAGCACAGGCUUAGGGCAACUAGCCUUCAUCAGCCGGCAGUCUGAGGUACAGCAUACCCAUACAACAAACACCCCGACUACAGCCCGGUCCACCAUGGGCGCUGGGGAGGCCAAUGGGGUACAGGGGCCCACAAAGCCCCCAUGCCAAACACAUCAGACCAGUUCCACCAGCACCACUAUGACUGUGAAAGCCACAGAGGUGCUUUGCCUGGCCGCUGCUGCCUCCUCCACCUGUUCCAACCCACCUUGUGAAACGCAUGAGACUGGUACCACCAACACAGCCACUACCUCGAAUGCAGGCACUCUCCAGCAGGUGUGCUCCAACCCACCCUGUGAGACCCACGAGACUGGCACCACACAUACGGCCACCACUGCCACCUCCAAUGUAGGCUCCAAUCAGCCUGGGCAGCAGAUACCUGCUAGCCCUCGUUGUGAGACUCACCAGACCACCUCCACUGGCACCACCAUGACAGUCAACUUUGGUGUCCCACCCUCUGGGGCCAGCCCCUCCCAGAAGACCCUGGAGGCAGCCUUAGAUUCUGCAGCAGCACCAGCCCCCUCCCCAGGGCAGAGGGUGUGUACCAACCCCCCCUGUGAAACCCAUGAGACAGGCACCACACAUACGGCCACCACUGUCACCUCAAACAUGAGCUCAAACCAAGACCCACCGCCAGCUGCAGGCAAUCAAGGGGAGCCGGAGAACCCCCAAGGAGAAAGCAUGGCCACCACCAGCUCCGGCACCAUCACCACAACAGUGUCUUCCACCCAGACCCGAGCUGUGACCACUGUGACACAAUCCACACCAGUUCCUGGUCCCUCAGUGCCGAACAUUUCAGCGAUGACGGAGAUGCCUCCUGAUGCCAUGGCUACAGAAGCGUCUGUCUCAGCCACAAUAGCGGUGGCUGUGACUGGCACAGACGCACAGGAGGUGGCCCUCUCGGCCACAGACAUUCUCCAGCCCUUAGAGGAGAUCCCAUCUGAGACAGAAGCUCCGCAGCACCUCUUACAGCCCCGCUCUGCUCCUGGAGGGGAACAGGCUGAGGGCCCAUCAGCUACUCACAGCCCUGACCUACAGGCAGCGGUGGACAUGAGUGGGGCUGGGGCACAUUCCCCAGGCCAGGAGGCUGCCAGCUCAGCAGUAGUGACUGCUGUCAUGGUACAGCCACAGCCGCAGCCCGAGGUGGACCAAUUGUCCCUGCCCCAAGAGCUGAUGGCUGAGGCUCAGGCUGGCACCACGACCCUUAUGGUUACAGGCCUUACCCCAGAGGAACUGGCAGUGACAGCAGCAGCUGAGGCUGCAGCCCAGGCAGCAGCUACUGAGGAAGCCCAGGCCCUGGCAAUCCAAGCUGUGCUCCAGGCAGCCCAGCAGGCCGUGAUGGGUGCUGGUGAGCCAAUGGACACGUCAGAUGCAGCCGCAGUGGCACAGGCAGAGCUGGGGCACUUGACAGCAGAGGGCCAGGAGGGGCAGCCUACAUCCAUCCCCAUUGUGCUGACCCAGCAGGAACUUGCUGCUUUGGUGCAGCAGCAGCAACAAUUGCAGGAGGCUCAGGCCCAAGCCCAGGCUCAGGUGCACCAUCACCACCACCACCUGCCCACUGAGGCUCUGGCCCCUGCUGACAGCCUCAAUGACCCAGCCACGGAAAGCAAUGGCCUCAGUGACCUAGCCAGUGCUGUCACCAGCACUGUGGCCCUUCUGCCUUCCACAGCAACAGAGAGUUUGGCUCCGUCCAACACAUUUGUGGCUCCUCAGCCAGUGGUGGCUAGUCCAGCGAAACUCCAGGCAGCUGCUGCCCUGGCUGAGGUAGCUAAUGGCAUCGAGUCACCAGUGGGGAAACCAGAUCCCCUGCCCCCACCCAUGAAAGCCACAGCGAAGAAGGAAAACCAAUGGUUCGAUGUCGGGGUCAUCAAGGGCACCAACAUGAUGGUGAUGCAUUAUUUCCUGCCUCCAGAUGAUGCCCCGAGUGAUGAUGACUCAGGCACUAUCCCUGACUACAACCAGCUAAAGAAGCAAGAACUCCAGCCAGGCACAGCCUACAAGUUCCGUGUCGCAGGUAUCAAUGCCUGUGGCCGGGGGCCGUUCAGCGAGAUCUCAGCCUUUAAGACUUGUCUUCCUGGCUUUCCUGGGGCUCCCUGUGCCAUUAAAAUCAGUAAAAGUCCAGAUGGUGCACACCUCACCUGGGAGCCACCUUCAGUGACCUCAGGCAAGAUCAUUGAGUACUCAGUAUACCUAGCCAUCCAGAGCUCCCAGGCAGGUGAACCGAAAAGCUCAGCCCCAGCUCAGCUGGCCUUCAUGCGGGUCUACUGUGGGCCCAACCCGUCCUGCCUGGUGCAGUCGUCCAGUCUCUCCAAUGCCCACAUUGACUAUACCACCAAGCCAGCCAUCAUCUUCCGCAUUGCUGCCCGCAAUGAAAAGGGCUAUGGCCCUGCCACACAAGUCAGGUGGUUGCAAGAAUCUAGCAAAGACAGCUCCAGCUCAAAGCCUGCCAGCAAGCGGCCCUUGUCCUCGCCAGAAAUGAAAUCUGCUCCAAAGAAAUCCAAGGCAGAUGGCCAGUGAACGGCCCCUUCUCCCAGAUGCCCGCCCCUCUCCCCGGCCCCCUGUUCUGCUUCAGAGAUGCUGCCUGCUGCGCCUUGUGCAACUUCUCCCUCCCCUGCCCCUCUACCCCGGCACCUUUGGAGCCUCCCUCUGCCCAGUUUUCUUGCUCUCCGUUUUUUUGUUUUUUUUAAGGGGUGGGGAGGACAAGUUAUUAUGAAGAAAGCACAUUUUAAUGUUGGGUUGGGAAGGGAGGAAGAGGAGUAAAGGCCUUCACACACCCUGGCCCCCUAUGCUGAAUUGUGCAUGCAGUCCCAAGCCUCAGAGACAGUAGGGGGGCCCCUUGGGAAGGGGAAGAGGACAAGGGGCCCAUUGGCAGCCUCCCUCUGCCCAUGGAUGCUUUCCACAGCAGCAGUCCCAUGUAGGUUUUAUGCUUGCUCCAUAUUCAUAACCUUUGAAAGAAAAACUAAAAUUCCUUUUUAAAACAAACAUUUCUUCAUUCUUGGUUUCCCUGGGGUUGUAGAGGAGACAGGUAUGGGUAAGGAGGAGGAGGAGGAGGAGGAGAUGAGCCACAAGAAAAACAGAGGGCACCUAGCCUUCCUCCUUCCCCUCCUCCUCCUCCCCAUCCCUCCCUCCCAACCUCACGGGCAUCUUUUGUCUUUUUAUUCUUUUAGUUUGCAGCCACCCAAGUUCCUUAAACUCGCCUCAACCCUGUUCCCUCCAAGCCUGUGAUUCCCCAGGACCCUGGCAUCACAAUCUGCUCCCCUCCUACCCCUGCACAGAGCAGAGGGCAGUGUGGGGGGUAUGGCUUGGUCUAGAAGCUGCUUUGUAAUGCCACACUAGGGUGAGGGAGCCCCAGACAAGUUAGGGUCAGGGGAAGGGAGGAACUGUCAUCAUUUUUUUUUUAAGUAAAAAAAUUGAAGAAAUGAAGCUCAUUUUUAUUACUAUCUUAUAGUAUGUGGGGCUUUUUUCCCUUGGGGGGGGAUGUCUUUUAGCAAUGUACAAAAUAGAUUACUUUUUUUUUUUCUGGUUUAGUGUCAGUCUUGGCAGGGAUAUCCUGGGGGCACUAAACUGGCCAGGCUGAGGAGAGAAUGGCACCCCUAGUUAGUGCCCGCAGAGACUUUAGAUAACUUUGGUUUCUCUUGACUGCAAACACAUUGCAUGUUGCUGGUCCCUUAACCUUCUGCUGGUCCAUUCCCCUGAAGGAAGAGGGUAUGUCAGGUUAAUUGGAAGGAAGGAGGCAGUAGCAACAAGGCACACAGCAAACCCAGGCCCCCCGAUUCACCAGGCAACUUGGAGGAAAUAAGUGAACCCUAAAUUAGGCUGGUUUUCAGCAAAGGUGUUAGAAUAUGCUGCCUCCUCUGUCACCCCCAAUCCCUUUAUGUUUGAGCUUCCUCUAGACCCUGCCCUAACCAUCUAGGGCCACUUCAAACAGGAAGUGUUUCUGGUGCAAAUGGGGUCAGAGUAGACAGCUGCCCCUUUCUUUCCCCUCCCCCAAACUUUUGUAUUUUGGGGAGAGAGGGGAAUUGAAAGGGAAGAGUGGAAACUUGGAUUGGAAGAGGUUGGAGUUUGGUAAUUGGAGGGGGUUGGGGUGCUCUUUCUCAAAGCCAGCAUCUCCGGCCUACAGAUUCCGUGAAUUUGUAGGCCUUGCUCUUCCAGCUUCACCCACCUGCUCUCCUGAGGAGUAGAGCCAGUGAGUCGGGAGCCAAACUCAAUGUAAUAAGGCAGGAUGACUGUGGGGAGCCAAGCUCCCUAGUGCCCAAAAUCUGCGUUGGCAAAGUGAGCACUUUGAAAAAUGCC